UGAAACGAAACGUAAUUUAUCUGUUGAGUUGGGUGAUGACAGCGAUUUUUGACAAAUUCUGGUUUUUAUUUCUUCAAAAAAUCAAAGCGACCAUAAAAAUAAUAUACGAAUAAAAUAAUAACUUUCGUAGACGUAUUUUAUGAGCAGAGGGAUAAUGAAAGGAACUUAUUUGUAACCUAAUUAGUGGUAGCCAAUAAAGUGGGUGGUUUCCGUUCAUAUUAAUUGGAAUGUUAUUUGUGUCAUGCCCGCAGAAUCGACGGAUUUUGCUGAUAAUGUUAAAAGUUGUAUAAAAAAUGAAAGGUGUAAAUAACUCUCCAGCUGGCCGAGAAGGAAUGACAAACAAACCUAUAAUAACAUGCGCGGGAGAUUGGAAUUUAUUCUGUACGUUGGAAGCGCCGCUGGUGGCGGCGAUCCCGCAGGACUCAUGUGAAUGGAGGCGCUCGUACGGCCGCGCCACUAAGUCCGUUUAUUUGGAGGCAUCAUUCAUCAAAUACAACAAUGAGAAGGCUCAGUCAGAUGUUAACUUAAUGAAACGUCCCAUAUUGCAUAUGUAUUGGACAGACUGUGUGGAUGUAGAAUAUUACAAAACAACAUUACGAGAAGAUGUAGAAACAUGGCUUAAGCAGUUAGAGAAGGCAGGAAUCACUGACUGGAUGAUUGUACAAGUGGAAACUUAUGAUAUACGGAAAACAAACAAACUCCUACCAAGGACAACCGUUUUGGACAAAAUCAAAGGUGAUUUUGCAAUAAAACAAACUGAGGAUAGGUUUAUAUCAGUUAUAAAUCCUAUAAAGUCAGAAGCUAGAAGUGCGGAGUCAUGGAGGGCUUUGGUGGCGAAAGUGAGACAUUUCAUUUUAGUGGCAUAUAACAAGGCGCUGAUAAAGUUUGAAGAGUACAUGAGAGAGCAGAGGGAGAAACGUAAUGAUCCUGAAUGGGAUUUUUGCAAAUAUUUUCUUCUACAGGAGCAACUGGCAUUUGUAUUAGAAAUGCUGGGCUUGUAUGACGAGGCUUUAGUUCAAUAUGAUGAGCUGGAUGCGCUGUUUUCACAAUUUGUACUCAAUUCGAAUGUAACGGAGAGUCCGAAAUGGCUCGAUACGUUCAGACAACCCGUGACUUCUUGGCAAGCAGUAAGGCUAACAGCACUAGUGCCACAGCAUUUAAGAGAACUGAUCAUGAAAAAGAAAGCUUCACUGUUGGAUUUCCGAAGCUACCUAUUUCAAAGACAAAGUGCCAUGUUAUUGCUAACCUGUAAACCUUGGGAGAUCGCGUCCCGGUGUCUGUCGACGGUGCACAGCACGGCGGUGGAGCUGCGCGUGGUGGGCGCGGGCGCGGCGGGCGCGGCGGGCGGGGUGCCGGGCGCGGCGGCGUGCUGGGCGGUGCUGGCGUGCGCGGAGACGCUGCGCGCGUGCGAGCGCCUCGCCGCCGCCGCCGCGCCCGCCGCCGCCGAGCGCUGUGCGCGAGCGCACGCACCGCUGCUGCACCACGCCAAGGACAAGUUACACGAGCUAGGCAAGCUGUGCGGGCUGCUGCCCGGCUCGCCGGCGCCGUCUUCAGAACAGCUCCAUCUAGUGGUGAUGCUGUCGGCGGGCAUGGGGGACAGCGAGCCCGCCAGCGUGAGGCCCACGCCCACCGACAGGCUCAAAGAGGCGCUGUGCAGUGCGGAGUCGUUCCAGCAGUACUACCUCGAGCUGGCCGAGCUUGCUAUGGGCACCUAUAAACAUAUAGGGAGGUUAAGAUUCGCGCGUCUAAUCGGGCGGGAUUUAGCGGAGUUCUACUCAGAGCUAGGGGAGACUAGCAAAGCUGUAGUUUUCCUGAUGGACGCGUUGCGUUCAUACGAGGAACAAGGGUGGAAGGAACUCGCGGCGCAGACGAGAUUAGAGCUCGUCGCCGCUGCCAAAAAAAUGAAUGAUAUGGACAGAUACACUAAACUGUCCGCGACAAUAGCCAGCACUUCAGAAUUAGAAAUACUAGUCAGAAACUUUUACUACGAGGAAAUGAUGAAGACAAUCAAAGAUGAACUUAGCAAGAAACCAGACACGGUCCUAUCUGAACUGAACGAGUGUUUCAAAAUCAUUUCAGUGGCAUUAUUACCGUCGGAAAGAGGACUCUACAUCACCGAUAAUAUAGUUCAAUGUAGAAUGGUGGUUGAGAGUAAUUUGCCGAAAGAUGUUGUAUGUACUAGGGCGGCGAUAAGUAUAGAAGUAUGUAGUAAGACGGAGAAACGCACUCCGGUCAAACAUAAGACUGAUUUAAGCGUUAGCGGUAGUGUAGGGACGCAGACCAACUCACCGAAGAAAGGUUCGGAGGAGCCGGAUACGGCUAGUUUAGUUUCUAGCAUAAGACUCGAAGACUUAAAACCGAAGAAUCCACUACUAAACCCGUUGCACUUCACCUCACAACUCCAUUACAAAGAGGACAAAAGCUUACAAAAAGCGACCGUCGAAUGUCACAACCCGAAAAUCACUUUAAGACGCUCAGACAGUUGUAAAUAUAGAAAGCCAUCAGCCACAACGAGGAAUAACUAUGAAAUCUGUUUCGCCAAAGACGAUUUAAUAUUAAAACCUGGUUCGAAUGAUAUAUUAUUAGAAUUUAUUGGGAAGCAAUGCGGCACUUUUAGACUGGGUCAGAUAUCUCUGCUUGUUGAGGAGAAAUUGGAGUUUCUAUCGAACGUGUUAAUUGGUAGUAAGGUUGGUUUUGAAGUGGUCACUCAGGGUGUUAAUGUAUUUUUGAACAAAGUGGAACCGAAGAAGGAUUUGGUUGCUGGUUUGGAGCAUGCUAUGGAGUUGGUUGUUACUAGUGGCAGUUCGCAUAUUGAAGAGAACGCUUCGAUCCACCUGAAGUCGUCGUCGGGGCUGCUGAUCCGCCUGCCGCAGCAGGGCCCGGCGGUGAUGUCGCGCGAGGCGGCGGUGUCGGUGCCGGCCUGCGCGCCCUUCAGCGCCGCGCGCGUGCCGCUCACCUUGUUCGCCAGCCUGCAGCCCAGGAGGGAGAAGACUGUGGAGCAUACGGUCUGGCUAACCUGUCCAUGGUGGGAAUCAGUAACGGAAGUACCUCUCCACUUCUCCCCACCGAUGAUAGCCUCGUGGCGUCUCCUGACGUCCAACACGCGGAAAUUCAUCCACGUGACGCUCAAGUCGACGGUCGCCCAUCUCAUACAGUUCGUGCUUAUUGAGCCCAAGUUGGAGAGUGAUGGAAAUAAUACCGUGUCGGAUUUGAAUCCUAAAAAAGGGGAGAAUAUGAUGGUAGCGUCAGACGGUACAACGGCGUCAUUCAUGUGGGAGCUGCUUAAAGACCCGCUAGUCAGAGCCGGACCAAUGAAGGCAACGUUCACAGUACAGUACAAAGUAGUGAACGGCACGGAACCGGCGCGCACUUUCACAUGCCCCUUCGACAUACAAGACUACACUACGCUGUUUGUAAUAAGGACUAAAUUGGAACCGAGUAAGGGGUCAGACUUCUGUAGGGCUUCGCAGAUGUGCUGUUUGCAGCUCAACGUUCAGAGGGUAAAUGAGACUGAAUACACGUCGCUUAUGUACGAAGUGUUGGCCGAUCAGUCGAUGUGGGCUGUGCUGGGCAGGACUGCAGGUGUGAUAACGAUGGAAUCGAACUGCACGGAGCCGCAGUGUGUGACGCUGGACGUGAUGCCGCUGGUGGCGGGCUACCUGCCGCUGCCCACGGUCAGACUCUCCAAAUACAUCGCAGCUAAUACCAAAGAUCCCAAAAAAGACAUCUCAGCUCAUCCACGCCUGGAGCCGUUCAGCCCUGGCCAGGUGUACCACGCGGGCAAGGCGAAACAGGUGCACGUCCUGCCGCCAAUGCCCAAGGAACAUUUGGAACAGCCACCUAAUUGAAGCUAUCGUGUGGCAGUGGACUGUCUCGCCGCGGCAGGAGCUGACUUGCUAACAUUAUCGGUAGAUUUGUGUGGAAUAUUUGUUAUUAUAAGAUAUAAUAAAAUAUUGCAUCAUGUGCUGUUAUUGAGAAUACUCAAAAAUAUGAUUUCGACGUGUUUUAGCUGUUUAAUAUUAAAAUUACAAAAAAAAAUUUACCUAUUAUGAUUGUGAAAGAAUUCGUCCAUAGAAAGUUCAUUAUGAAUAUUGCAUUCUCGUUUCGAUCAGUCGGAGGGUGUUUGCAAUAAUGAUCCAAGCGAUUGCAUUUGUACACUAGAUUUAGUGUGUUGAAUCAUUUUGCAUAACACGGUCCAGUUAAAAUUCGUGUUUUAAACAGCUCAACAUUUGUCCAACGUAUAAUUAUAAUUUCUCUACUGUUUGUAUAGACUAUUGUGUUAUUUCUUGAAUAUAUAAGCCGGAAAAUUAAGAAAAUUACGUGGAAAAUAUUUAUAUAAAUCUCAUCAGACCAAGUGCUAUUACCGAGUCAAUUUAAAAAAUAAUAUAAUAUCUAUACGUUAAUUAAUAAAUAUAUUGAGUGGAGAUACAAUAAUGUAUGAGAUUCAAACCGGAACACAACAGUGACUGCACACUACUGCUUGGCGACAGAAAUAGACAUUGCGGGGAUACCUACCCAGGCGACUCUCAUAUUUGAGAGACCUACCACCAGUAAAAAUUAGCGUGUAACAGUAUUCUGUAUGCUAAAUUCGAUUGUCAUGUGAUAAGCUGUGAUGCGUGCUUGUUACAAACUGUCAAAAUAACGUGAUAUAGGGAAUCAAGGCCCAGGCAACCAGCUAGCCCGUCUCGUCUUUAAUAUUUUUCAAUUCAAAACAAUAAUGUUGCCAGUUACGAAUAACAUAUUAACCUAAAUUUUAUUCAUAACUGUUACCAUCCGAGAUCGUUAAUAUUCACAUCAUGCUGUCAUUGAGGACGUAAACUUCGAUAUCCUGAAACAAUAAAUCGGGACACUAUUAAAUUGUGCAGAAUGUCACGUGAAAAACGUUAUAGCGUUUGCAUAUUCAAUUCUGUAGCUAAGGUGGGCAAUUUUUAUUUAAAAAUAAACUUUGUUACUACCUAGCGGGUGCGCUGACAAUAAGAUGGCAUAUUUUUUUGGGCAUAGUCGUCGCAAUAGAGGUCUUUUGUUGGACCUCUGGAAAUAUUAAUGACGACUGUUUUUCUGUUGCUCAAAUUCAAUAGACCGUCCCAAUGGUUAUCUCUGGAUAAGAUUCUGGAAGAAACCAAUCAAAAUAUGUCGUAUGUAGGAUAUCAAAUGUUUUCCUAAUUAGUUCGUUUUCGCGAUCAAUCCAAAGAUAGCAUUUAAUACAAUUUAUUGAUCUAAACCGCCAUUUAAUCCAUUACAAUAUGAUAUUGGCUAUAGCAUUAUCACUCCACUGAAAAUUUAAGAUGUUUAAAAUAAAGGAGCACAUUUAUUAAAAUAUAUGUUAUCGUAGUUUUGUUAAUUUUUCUGGCAUAACAAAUAAUAAUGUGUGAAAGCAUAGGACCACCAUAUAUGUGAUAAAACAUAUGCUUCGUAAGGUUGUAUAUGUGUCGUGUACUAUACUGAAACAUAGUUUAUUUAUAUAUAAAUUAAAACUGUUAGCUCUCGCUACUGAUAAAUGUAUUUUAGUAACCAUAAACUUUAAGUUUAGAUUUGCCUGAUGCAUAUUAUAUUUGAUGACCUAAAAUCUACAUAAUAUUAUUAUUUAAAAAUAAUACACAUGUGCAUUAAAACUUGAGGUAAUAUUAAUUAUUUUUUCAAAAUAUUUGAAAUGUGUUUAUGUGGGCAUAUCUAAACAUUUAAACUCUAUGGUUUUGAUUAGUAGCUGUGUAAUUGUUUCAUGUGUUGUAUAAUGUCAUCUGGUGAAAUUUUAUUUAAACUUUUUUGCUAUCAGUGUAUACCAGUGUGAAGUGUUACAUAUUGGUUUUCCUGCACUAAACGUAGUUAUGUAACUUUGGUUAGACCACAUUGGGGCUGAUAUCGUGCCCUCAAAUGUCAAAUAUAAUGUUUUUAGAAAUGCUUACAUUUAACUGUUUUGCUAGAUGUAGGUAGCUAUCGUCAAUCAAUAACCGGCCUGAAGUUAGUCACAAAACACAUUGCAGCAAAAGUUUUUAAAAGGCUAGGGAUGACAAGAGGCAUAGUGAUGUAACUAUCUUCAGCCUGGACAAUAAUAUCGAUGUUAUACUUUGCAUGGCUUGAUAGUUAUGUUUAUCAGGUAGAAACCAUGGCUAUAUUCAAGUUUAAACGCUAAAUAAUUUCGUAUUUAUAGUCAGGAUAAAAGGCGAUCGAUGAAUUCCAAUACUUGUGCCCGAUUUCAUCAGAAACGAAAAAAAUCGAGAACUUUUCGUUGUUACAAUUAAAAACUCCUGUGCAAUAACUAUAAACUCAAGAAUUGAUUAUUGCUACAGCGUACAGAAUAUUCAAGAAAGGCCAAAACUCAAUGUGAAAUGUAAUUCGGUGUUUUGUAUGUUUGAAAAUAAUUUAUAAACUAUUGUACGUCGAAUGUCAGUAGUUAUAAUCUAUGUUGGUGAAAAUGACCAUUAAAUUUGAGUUCAGUCAAAAUUUAUUAAAGAAACCACAAAGCCAUAAUUGCACUGAAUGUAACUAUUUAACUCAUUUUAUGUACUAGUUAUGUGUUAUAAAAAUAUUUAUUCGUUUGUAUAGCUUAUUAUAAGUCUGCGCUUAUCGCAAUAUUAAGGUAGAUAAUUCAAGACUUCGAAUUAUUCGGUAUUGAACCCAAAAAAAUCUACUUCAUCCUUUAAGUUAAUGUCCACUAGACAUGAUUAGAGAUUUAACUAGAGUUUUUUACGUUAAAUCUUCAUAAUAUUUCAUGUUAUUUUUCGCAUUUUGAUACUGUAUUUUUAACGAAAGCCAUACUUGUUUCGCAACAACGAUAAUUUUAUCUACCUAGUCUUAUCUCGUCUUCUCGUUGUAUAUUUAUGUAAAUACAAUUUGGUGCUAAGAUAACAGAGUUACACCAAAUCUAUUUUCAAAUUAGAUCUAAUUUUUUUUUCACCUUUUUGUAUAUUUUGUUAAGUUAUUACUGUUAAGCUUUCAUUGUUUCCGUUAACAUUAAAUAAUAUAUCUCAAAUAGUUAUUGUAGUAUUUAAGGCAUUGUGUUCUACGAAAUAAAGACUACAACAAUGGCUUGCUUAUAGGGCUGAGCUUUUAUUAUGUGCUUCUUUACAGAACAUUUAGGAGUAUGCCCAAAGAUAUGAACAGUUAUGUCUUUCAAAUAUGAGCAAAACAGGAAAUAAUGA